AAGGUUAACACAAAUGGAAACCCCUGUAAAACCAGGUUUCCGUGUCAUCCGAGGACCUGAUUGGACUUAUAAGAACCAAGAUGGCGGAAAGGGAUGUGCAGGAACGGUUCUGAGACUACAUGAUGAACGUCAACCACAUUUUCCAAAAUUCUCGGUACUCGUUCAGUGGGACAAUGGAGAUAAAGGUCUCUACCGGGCUGGCUAUGACCAGUGUUACGAUCUCAGGAUCAUUGAUACAGCUAAUACAGUGUGUCAUCCAAAGGUCUGGUGUGACGGAUGUGACGUUGAUGAGAUUAGGGGGAUGCGAUGGAGAUGCACCGAGUGCUACGCCUUUGACCUCUGUACCACUUGCUACAUGAAUGACGAACAUGAUCUCAGUCAUGUCUUCACGAGAGUGUUGUCUUCAGACAAAACAUCCAAGGGAUGCAGUCCUAAGAUGCUACCAAGAUCAUCAUCUCCUCGUCUUGCUCUUAAAGGAAGCUUUGCUGGAGCAAAAGUUGUCAGACAUCCCCAGUGGCACAAGAGACUUGAAUCAGAUAAGCUACUCGGGACAGUAGUCAGACAUGGACAGACACUUGAGGAUAAAGUCAAUGUACGAGCAGCGGUUGAGUUCUCUUCUGGGCGAGAGAGGGUAGACCUCAAUAAAAUCUUCUGUACACUACCAGGGUCAGGAGGUUUUGUGUAUGCUGGACACUUAGCAAAUCUUGGGGAUCUGGAGCGAGUGAAUGAAGGUGACAACGUCCUGGUAACUGCCACUCCUGCAGAAUUGGAGGAACUCCACAAGCGCAGGGGAUUGUGGAAGCCAGAUAUGACCAAAACGUUUCUCGAGAAGGGAUAUGUGCUUAAAAGGACGAAUACUGGUGACUUCACAGUGACUUUCCAUGACAGCCAAGAAACAUUUACUAUGAAUUCUGCAGCUCUAAGGAAGAUUCAUCCAUUAAGUCUCGGUCAGCUUGUCCGGAUAAGUGAUGAUAUCGAGAUGGUCAAAAGAUUACAGUCUGGACAUGGCGGAUGGACGGCAGCUAUGAAACAGGCCAUCGGUACAGUUGGAAAGGUGGUAGAGAUUGACGGAUCGGAUAUUCACGUCAAAAUCAAGGGCAAUCACAAAUUCGUUUUCAAUUCUGUAAACCUGACUCCAGAACGGUUUCGUGCUCCUAAACCAGAAUAUGAAAAUUUUGACGAACAUUUGCGUGGUCUCCCUCGGGCCAUGCAGGAUCCUGAAUGGAGCAUCAUGAUUCAUGCAGAAGCAGGUGAUAUCAACAAGAUGGAGCGUAUCUUGGCUAUACAUCCAGAAUGGGGACACUGUAAUGUGAAUGCAGUGCCAGUGGGAACCGACUUUGGAUACUGUCCUCUUGCUUUGGCCAUCGCCCGUGAGCAUUUUCAUUUAGUGGAUGUCUUGGUGGAGCAUGGUGCAGACGUCAACCUUCCAGACUGUUCUGGAAACACAUCCUUGCAGCUUGCCGUCAAUGUUCAUUUUUCUGGAGGACAAAAGAUGAAAGAAGAGCCGUAUAUGGCCGAGGAAAGACAUCGCCAGACAGCAGAGCGCAUCCAAACGCCCCCUACGUACCCUGACUAA